GACCAAGUUCGUGACGUAUUUGAUGACGUAGCAUCAGGGCAUUCCAAAGUGCGCAGUCAAAUCUACUUAGUUUUGAGUUUGGUUUAGAAUUACAAACACAUCGGAGAUUCUAAAGUAACCUAAUUAGUCAUCGUUAUUAAAUUCAGAAUCUUCACGGCUCAACAUACGGACAUGUUAUCCGUCUUUCUGUUCUUACUAUUAAUCUACGGUGUGUCUGAUGAAGAGACAGAAGAAUCUAAACCUGAUCCGAUGACGGUGAUGGAGGGAGAUUCUGUGACUCUACACACUAAUCUUACUAAAGUACUGAACGAUGAUACCAUUCUGUGGCUGUUUGGACCUAAAGACUUGCUCAUAUCUCAGAUAAGGGGAAGGGAUGACUUCACUCCAGUUUUUUUCACUGAUGAUCCUGGAUUCACAGGCAGAUUGCAGGUGGACCAAAAGACUGGAUCUCUGACCAUCAGAAACACCAGAAUCAGACACUCGGGACGAUAUAAACUCACCAUCUCUAGAGAAAUGACUUCAACAAAGAUAUUUAAUGUCACAGUCAUUGGUGUGGUUGGUGAGACAGAUGGAAUGAAGUCAGUGUCAGUAUCCGUGACGGAGGGAGAGUCUGUCACUUUACGCAAUGAUGCUGAAAUACAGAAAGAUGCUCUGAUGCUGUGGAGGUUUGGAGAUAAAGGUGUCCUCCUGGCUAAAAUCGAUAUCGAGGCCAACGAGACCUCAUUACACGACACUGAUGAGAGAUUCAGAGGUCGACUGCAGCUGGAUCUUCAGACCGGAUCUCUGAUCAUCACAAACACCAGAACAAAUGACUCUGGACUUUAUGAACUACAGAUCAGAGGCAUUGAGAGCUCACGGCGAUUCCUUCUGUCGGUCAAUGCUGUCCCAGAACCACAGCUUUCUUCAGGUGCUAAAGCAGGGAUCAGUUUUGGUUUUUUAGUUCCUGUUCUUCUACUUGUGGCCGCAGCUUUAGCUGCGUUUUACUACCGCCACAAGAUCUUUAAAUUAAAAAAGAAAAUGGACGAAGAGAAGAAGUCAGUGAUGGAGGGAGAUUCUCUAACUCUACUCACUGGUCUUACUAACAAACAGGGUAUUGAUACGAUAGAGUGGUGCUAUGAAAAUGAAGACAAUCGCGUUGCUGAAAAUAAUAAGGGGACCAUUGAGAAAUUUACCGGUGCUGAUGGGAGAUUCAGAAGCAAACUGAGGGUGGAUGAAGAAACUGGAGCUCUUACCAUUAGCAACAUCAGAACCAUACACUCUGGACUCUAUAUACUAAAGAUAAGCAGCAGCAGCAGCAGGAAAAGUGGCUGUGGCACCAAAAGCACCACAAGAACAAAACGCAAGAGAUUCAUUGUUACUGUCAGUGUGAGGACAUUGCCAGUGAAUGCGGGAGAUCCUGUCACUCUCGAGACUAAAGCUGAAUUACAGAGCGAUGAUCUAAUGCUGUGGACAUUUGGACCUGAAAACCGCCUCGUUGUUAAAACUGAUUCAGGAAGGACUAGCAUUAGUGAGAGUUUCAGAGACAGACUGGAGCUGGACAAGAAAACUGGAUCACUGAUCAUCAGAAACAUUGGAAUCACAGACUCUGGACAUUUUAAACUACAGAUCAUCAACAGCAAACAGACCACGUUCAGAAGAUUCAAUGUGACUCUCAUCGGUUCCACAGAAGAAGAAGUGAAUGAAGAGACACAGCUAAUCAGAGGAGAUGUUCCUGAUGGAGUGAAUGAGCAGCAGGCGACGAGUUCCGUUUGAUGAGAUAGGACACGCCCACCAGUGUCAAUCACUGUGACAUCAUCAACAGUCAAGCUCAACAACAUUUGAAAAAUGAACCCGUGUGCUGCAAAAAGUUUGAAUGAAUUCUUGUGUGAUGAGCACGUUUAACAACAGGUUACAGAAUAUGCGAUAUCUGAUGUGGCACGAGCAGAGAGAGUUUCAAGCCUCAAAGUUAACUAUUCGCUGUCCACACUGAGGAUGUGUGACACUUUCAAAUGAUCUGGGGUGCUACAAUUACCAAAUCAGUACUGUAAAUAGCUGUAGCUGCAUUGUUCACUACAUCUGAACUGAACACUGAACAAUUUGUCCUUUAAAACACUACUGUGCUUUUUGUCAGUGUUUACCUAUGUUAUGAGUUUUUAUUUUCACUGUAUUUUCAUAUCAGAAUUAAUUUCUUGUUACUUUCAUUGUUAUAUUAUUUUUUAUAUUAUCCCAUUUUAUAUUAUUAUUUUAUAUUAUUUCUCUGUUAGUAGUAUUUAUGUUGUAAGCUAUGCUGCAUUAAGUCAGAGAUAAGAGAAAGUCUCUAUUUCGAAGUUUUGUUGUCAUGUGAUGAUGAAUGAAGUUUGGUGAUGAUGAUGA